CGCUUUAUAACUAACCCAACUCUGCAUUCUCCAAUGUCCACAGCCUCUCCACAAAAAUGGCUCGACCACUUCUCCUCCUCCUCCACCUCAUCCUCCUCUCCCUCGCCCUCGCCGCCUCCGCCCACAGCGGCCACGGCGAUGAAGACGAGGAACCAACCGCCGCAGACGACACUGACCUCCGCGCCAGGCCUCUGAUCAUGGCAAAGAUUUGGUGUUUGAUAGUUAUUUUCUUCGGAACUUUCAUCCCUGGAGUUUCUCCUUACUUCUUCAAAUGGAAUCAGGGUUUCUUGGUUCUGGGGACCCAGUUUGCUGGGGGUGUGUUUCUGGGGACGGCUCUGAUGCAUUUUCUGAGUGACGCUGAUGAGACUUUUAAAGACUUGACUAAAAAAGAGUACCCUUUUGCGUUCAUGUUGGCUUGUGCUGGGUUCUUGUUGACAAUGCUGGCUGACUGUGUCAUUUCCUAUGUGUUUUCCAAGAAAAGGGGCGCUGGCUCUGUUUCUGAUCUUGAGACUCAAGGGAGUGUUGAACAUGAAAAAGGCGUCACAGCAUCACAGUGUCAGAGCCAUAACCACUUUGCAAACGCAUCUGUCGCAAAUGUUAGUUCACUUGGGGAUAGUGUCCUGUUGAUAGUAGCCUUGUGUUUUCACUCUGUCUUUGAGGGCAUUGCAAUUGGAGUUGCUGAGACUAAAGCUGAUGCUUGGAAAGCCUUAUGGACAAUUUCUCUGCAUAAGGUAUUUGCAGCUAUUGCCAUGGGAAUUGCUCUUCUGCGAAUGAUGCCUAACCGUCCCUUCUUAUCAUGCGCUGCCUAUGCUUUUGCAUUUGCUAUUUCAAGUCCUAUUGGCGUGGCCAUUGGAAUCAUAAUAGACGCAACAACCCAAGGUGCUGUGGCAGAUUGGAUAUUUGCGAUUUCAAUGGGUCUGGCAUGUGGUGUGUUUAUCUAUGUAGCUGUAAACCAUUUAUUGGCAAAGGGUUACACACCCGGUAAGGAAGUUUCUGUGGACAAACCCCAUUACAAGUUGGCAGUGUCGUUGGGCGUUAGCGUUAUAGCUGUUGUGAUGAUUUGGGACACUUGAAGACAUGCCAAAGGUUGUGCCUUUACCAUAUUUGUUUGUGAAAGAAUGCCUAAUGAAGCAUAUGGAAUGGAGUUUCUUUGAUGAGUAGCAAGACUAGGGUAAUAGCUAAAUCUGUUUUUUGUAUAUAAAUUUCAUGUAGUUAUUAGUUCAGUCUACAAGACUGCUAUCAUUCCCAAUAUGGUGAAAUUGUUACAACAGAUUGCA